AUGGCUCAAAACAAGAGUAACCCCCCUACGGUGCCUGAAGGCUGGAAGGCAGUUUAUGACGACCAAUACCAGACUUUUUUUUACGUGAAUCUCGCAACCCAACAAUCCCAAUGGGACGAACCACAGGGUACGAGAUGGGACAAUGCUGUCCCUCCUCCUUACCCAGAACAAGCAGGUAACAAUGGCCAACAAUCUUAUCCAGAAAAAGGGGCUCUACCUCAGCAACAAUCUGGAUCUGAGCAGGGUUAUGUCCAACAGCAGACAUACACGCAACAGACCUACCAACAGCAGCCAGCUGCGCCAGGUUACGAGCAACCAGCAGCACAGGGGUACUACGCAGCUUCUGCCACGCAGCAAACUUACCCACAAACUACUACAACUACUGCGACUGCGACCGAACAGGAGAAGGGCAGCAAGGGUUACGGUAGCACAAUUCUUGGCGGUAUUGCAGGUGUUGGUGGUGGUUUGUUGGCUGGUUCUCUAUUGUCACACGCCUUUUCGUCCCACCACGGCAACAACGGUAACCACGGAUUUGGUGGGGGCAACGGAUUCGGUGGAGGCAACGGAUUCGGAGGUGGAUUCCAAGGUGGCCACCAACGUCCCCAAGGUCCUCCAGGCGGUGGUUUUGAUCGGUUCGAUGGUCCCGGCAAUUUCGGUGGCUUUGGUGGCGGUGACGAUAGACGUCACCAUGGAGGUGGCCACCAUGGAGGUGGCCACCACGGUGGCCACCAUGGAGGUGGCCACCACGGUGGCUUUUAA